AUGGCUGACAAGGGUCUUGAGGAUCUUGCCGAGGGGCAGAUCGAGUCUAACUACGAUGAGGUCACCGACUCCUUCGACGCUAUGGACCUGAAGCCCGAGCUGCUUCGCGGUGUCUACGCUUACGGUUUCGAGCGUCCUUCCGCCAUCCAGCAGCGUGCCAUCAUGCCCAUCAUCAAGGGCAACGAUGUUAUUGCCCAGGCUCAGUCCGGUACCGGUAAGACCGCUACCUUCUCCAUCUCCGCCCUGCAGAAGAUCGACCCUGAGGUCAAGGCCUGCCAGGCUCUGAUCCUUGCUCCUACCCGUGAGUUGGCUCAGCAGAUCCAGAAGGUCGUUGUCGCCAUCGGUGACUUCAUGUCCCUUGACUGCCACGCCUGUAUCGGUGGUACCAACGUCCGUGAGGACAUGAACGCUCUCCGCGCCGGCCCCCAGGUCGUUGUCGGUACCCCCGGCCGUGUCCACGACAUGAUCCAGCGCCGUGUUCUCUCCACCACCGCCAUGAAGCUCUUCAUCCUCGACGAGGCCGAUGAGAUGCUGUCCCGUGGUUUCACCGAGCAGAUCUACGACAUCUUCCAGCUGCUUCCUCAGUCUACCCAGGUCACCCUGCUCUCCGCUACCAUGCCCCAGGAUGUCCUCGAGGUCACCACUAAGUUCAUGCGCGACCCCGUCCGUAUCCUUGUCAAGAAGCAAGAACUCACCCUUGAGGGUAUCAAGCAGUUCUACAUCGCUGUUGAGAAGGAGGAAUGGAAGCUCGACACCCUCUCCGAUCUCUACGAGACCGUCACCAUUACUCAAGCUGUCAUCUUCUGCAACACCCGCCGAAAGGUCGACUGGCUCACCGACAAGCUCACUGCUCGUGAUUUCACUGUCUCCGCUAUGCACGGUGAUAUGGAACAGGGUCAGCGUGAUGUUAUCAUGAAGGAGUUCCGCUCCGGUUCUUCCCGUGUCCUGAUCGCCACUGAUCUUUUGGCCCGUGGUAUCGAUGUCCAGCAGGUUUCCCUGGUCAUCAACUACGAUCUUCCCGCCAACCGCGAGAACUACAUUCACCGUAUCGGUCGUGGUGGUCGUUUCGGUCGUAAGGGUGUUGCCAUCAACUUCGUCACUGCUGACGAUGUUCGCAUGCUCCGUGAGAUCGAGCAGUUCUACUCCACCCAGGUUGAGGAGAUGCCCAUGAACGUGGCUGACCUCAUCUAA